CACGAGUAUAAAAUAAUGUAAAUGACACCCCUGAUUCCGCUCAUUCCGAAAACGGCCUAACUCAACUAACUGGGAAAGAACACCGGACCAGCAAAUUUCUGCCCCUAUAUCGUCUUCUCCAUAAAAUUCUCUGCGAAAUUAUAUACACCAGCGAGUGAACUCACGCUCCUCUACCGAGAUACGCAGUGACGCUAUAACAUAUGCGUUUAUGCACACACAGCGGGAGCUGAUUUCGGGAUUAUUCGAGCGGGAAGGAAGGAAUCGCGGACUUCUCGUCGAGGUUAUCUCUCAUGAAUUCUCCUCCGCAAUUUGAUCCGCUGCUAUCUGGAUUGUUCGUAUUGAUUGAAUUCGCCGCCGAGGGAGAUUUAGAGGGACUUUUGUGGUAGCGAAGAGUGUUUUAGGUGAAUGGAGGAGAGAGGCGGUGGAGGAUCGUUUGUGGCGGUGAGGAGGAUAUCUCAGAACCUCGACAGAAGCAAUCCCUGUCAUUCAUCCUCUGCUGAUGUCACCGGAUCAGCUGCAUGGCUUGGGAGAGGGCUAUCUUGUGUUUGUGCUCAAGGAAGAGAGAGUGAUGCACGUCUCUCAUUUGAUUUAACGCCUACACAGGAGGAAUGCUUGCAGAGGUUACAGAGCCGUAUAGAUGUUGCUUAUGAUAGUUCUAAUCCUGAACAUCAGGAAGCUUUAAGAGCUUUAUGGAAUGCCGCGUUCCCUGAGGAGGAACUCCGUGGCCUUAUAUCUGAACAGUGGAAGGACAUGGGUUGGCAAGGAAAAGAUCCAUCUACUGACUUCAGGGGUGGUGGAUUUAUAUCACUGGAAAAUUUAUUAUAUUUUGCAAAGAACUUCCCGAAAUCCUUCCAGGAUCUUCUUCGAAAGCAGGAAGGUGACAGAGCCGUGUGGGAAUACCCAUUUGCUGUAGCUGGUGUUAACAUCACCUUCAUGCUCACCCAGAUGCUUGAUCUAGAAGCUGUAAAACCACGAAACCUGGUUGGAGCAUCCUUCUUGAAGUUUCUUGCAGAAAACGAGUCAGCAUUUGACCUGCUGUACUGUAUUGCGUUCAAGCUGAUGGAUCACCAAUGGCUUGUCAUGCGUGCCUCAUACAUGGAAUUCAAUGCGGUGAUGAAGGCUACUAAGAGACGAUUGGAAACUGAACUUCUACAGGAUGAUUUGACCCGGCUGGAAGAUUUGCCCUCCUACAAUCUCCUCUGCUGAUAGUCUUGUACCUUAUGUGGCGGCUUUAACUGGUUCUGGUUUUCCAACCUUUAAUAGAUUAAUCCCCCAUCACACGACAAUGCUCUUUUACCCUAAGUUUGUUUGAACUCUAUAGAUGUAUGUUGCUGAGCACGUUAAUGACAUCUUUCACUUUAUCUCACUCUUUUUAAUCUUUAUCCUUC